AUGGCUAGCGUAGCUUGUGUGUCGCUCCUCUCCGAGGCUGAGUUUGGUUGCGAGCAUCUUACGGCGCAACUCUCCCAGGAUGGAGGUGCGGGUGACCAGUUCAGGGCAUCAUUCAUCAAGACACAUAAUGCUUUAGCUCCUCGCUCCAGAUCUGGGGAGUCGGCUACUACACAGAAAGGCCUACGUGCGACCACCUUUCUAAAACCAAAGUACAUGUGCUUGACCUGCUCCGAUGUAUUCGUGAAUGGUGACCGAAAGGCCCAUACAGACAAGACCGGUCACCAAUUCUACAUGGAAUCAAGAAGUCGCACGCUCUUCUGUCAGGGAUGUGGAGACUUCGUUUAUGAUUACGGCCUGGAAAGACUGAGAUCAUCAAAAGCAGAAAGCACGCUAAAACUUGCUCAAAAACGUCGGUUUAGCGAAAGCUCGACCGACGAGCUAUACGUCAGGAGUAAUGCAAACAAGCGCUCUUGUGCAAAGCAAGGUGUCAGGGGGCUAUUCAACCUUGGACAAACAUGCUACUUGAAUGUUAUUCUCCAGACACUCCUCCAUGACCCGAUCCUCAACACUUACUUUCUAGGAAGCGGGCAUCAAUCACAUGACUGCACUCUGUCUGAUUGUAUAGCGUGUGCUGUUGCAGAAGCAUUUGCGGAUUUCAAUAGUAGUGACAAGGCAGAAGGGUUUGCAGCCCUGAACCUCCUUUUGGCCUCGUGGCGUUCAAGUUCUGCCUUAGCGGGAUAUCAGCAACAAGAUGCACACGAAUACUACCAGUUUCUUGUCGACAAACUACACUCUAGCACUGACGGACACCACGAGAACCAUGAGAAAGGCUGCCCUUGCUUUUUCCACAAGACAUUCUACGGCAAGCUCCGAAGUAGUGUAACAUGUGACAAGUGUGGAAAUGUCACACGUACGGACGAUCCAAUGGUGGAUCUAAGUUUGGAUGUCCAGGUGCAGGCGAAGAAGCGUGCUAUGGGUGGUGCUGGGGCCUCGUCCACUCCGACGUUGAGCGGAUGUCUGGAAAGCUUCACAUCCCCUGAAAAACUUAUGGCAGGCGUUUACAACUGCAGUGGUUGCGGUGGGAGCGCUCAGAAGGCCACCAAACAACUACGCAUUAAGAAAUUGCCGGCAAUUCUAUGCAUGCAACUAAAGCGCUAUGAACAUACAUUUUCGGUUUCCGAGAAGCUAGAGGGCCGCAUAGACUUCCCAAUGUCUAUCAACAUGCUCCCGUACACGACCAACCCCAACUCCCGCGCAGAUAAAUCGAGAUAUAUCUAUGACCUUUCAUCUGCCGUGGUGCAUAAAGGGAAGUUGGAUGCAGGCAUUACUACGUCUACUGCCGGCAGGGUGAUGAGGUUUUGGAUACUCUUCAACGAUGACCAAGUUACGUCUGUGACGGAGGCCGAUGUCCUCAGUGCCGAUGCAUAUCUUCUCUUUUACAAUCUUCGGUCCUUGGCCGGUGCUCCGUCGCAAUAG